CACUUCCUUUGCAUAGAAGCGGAAACCUCCCUGGAGCUUCCUCUGCUCUGGCCGCUCCCUGGGGACCCGCAGGUGUCGCUGCCCCUCGGGCCGGAGCUGGCCCCGGAAGCCCCUGGCCACCCCCUCGCCCUGGAAGGUGCAUUUCCUGCCCGGAGUCUUAGGCCCCGGCGUCCGGCACAGGCGGGGGCGGCGGAGCUGGGGGCAGUGGACCAGCUGCAGGUAGGGGUGGGCGGGGGCCCAGGGCCCAGGCCAGUUGCUGCCAGUCAGCGGCUCUUGCUCCGCCCCGGCUCUUGUUUCUGCCCAUCCUUUCACCUCACCUCCACCGGUCUCGGGGUUCCCGUGCUCCUCUGCUGCUUCACUGGAGGGCUGUGGGGAGGACCCCAGUUCUGGAGCUGGGCUGGGAGGCCUGGGCUGAGCCUGGGGACGGGGCUGGGCCUGUUCUCAAAAUCGUAAGUUCCGGCCAGACCCCCAACAAGUGUUCGGGAGCGUGUGGGGCGCUUCUGAACUCCGGGGCGCUCAGGCCUCUGCUUCCCGCGGCCCCUCCUUGGGAGACGGCCCAGUCCAGUCGGAGCGGCGGGGGGGGGGCAGGGGCCGGUGUGACCGUUCUUCACCCCAGUGGGCGCCUGGUCGGCCACUGACUCCUUCGACUCCUCCUCCAGGAAGCCGGGGCGGCCACUAGAUAAGCCUCUAGCCCUCCACUUCCUCAAGGCUCGAGGCCAUUUAUGGGAGGACCCGAGAGAUUUGCAUCGGGGCCCCACGGAAGGGCCGCUUCCCCGUCGGAGGGGCGAGGCUGCGACCAAGCCCUGGCCCUAGCCCUGGGGCAGCCCAGGCCGCACCCCGCGGGACUCCCAGGGGGAGGGCGACCUGUAUGCGGAGCGCCGUUCCUGCGCCAUGGACCGCGGCCCGCCCAGCCUGGAGCCUGCUGCCGCGGCCCCUGGAACCUCGGGCCGGUGCGUGAUCGCGCCCGUGCGCGCCGUGCUCCGCCUGCGCCGCCGGGUGUGUGUCCUGCGCAAGCGGCGCCUCCUGCAGCCGGGUGGGGGGCCCGAUGUCGGGACCGGGACGCCCAGGCCGGGCUGCAGCUCCCCGGCGCCGCGCGCGGAUACUGACCAGCCGCAGUUCUUCACCUUCGACGGCCCUGCGGAGCUGUCCUCCAGGACGCCACGCAAGAGGCGCCGGCGCAGCCGCUUGGUGCUUUACCCGGAGACCUCGCGCAAGUUUCGGCCGCGCGUGGAGCACAGGAGCCGCGCGCAGCGCUGCCUGCUGCUGCUGGUCGCCAUCGUGGGCUUCCAGGUGCUCAACGCCAUCGAGAACCUGGACGACAACGCGCAACGCUAUGACCUCGACGGGCUGGAGAAGACGCUGCAGCGCUCGGUGUUCGGCCAGCCCGCCGCCGUGGGGCGCAUCGUGUCGCUGAUGCGGGACUACCUGGCCACGCACGUGCACAGUCGUCCGCUCCUCCUGGCGCUGCACGGGCCCAGUGGCGUGGGCAAGAGCCACGUGGGCCGCCUGCUGGCGCGCCACUUCCGCGCGGUGCUGGAGGACGGCGCGCUUGUGCUGCAGUACCACGCGCGGCACCACUGCCCCGAGGCGCGCGCCGCACAGGACUGCCGCGAGGAGCUGGCGCGGCGCGUGGCCGACGUGGUGGUGCGGGCCGAGGCGGAGGAAAAGACGCCGCUCCUGGUGCUGGACGACGCGGAGCUCAUGCCGCGGCCGCUGCUGGACGAGCUGCACGGCUUCCUGCAGCCGCAGCGCCCGCACCACUUCCACAGCGCCAUCUACGUGCUCCUCAGCGGCGCGGGCGGCAGCGAGGUCACGCGCUUCGUGCUGCAGAACGCGUCCCGCGCGCUGCCCCUGCGCCCCGACGGCGCCCGCAGUGCCCAGGCCCAGACGGACGAGGACUUGCGCGCCCGCCUGCAGGCACUGCUGUGCCGGGAGCACCCGCUGUGGCAGGCCGCGGCCGUCGUGCCGUUUCUGCUGCUGGACAAGCGGGACGUGGUCAGCUGCUUCCGCGACGAGAUGGCGGGCGAGGGCUUCUUUCCCGAUCAGGCCCGCGCGGAGCGUCUGGCCGCGCAGCUCAGCUUCUACCAAGUGGCUGGCCGCGAGUUUGCUGUGACCGGCUGCAAGCAGGUGGUGGCCACGGUGAACCUCCUGUAGUGGGGGCGCGGGACGGGACGUUUGGGUUGACGGCAGCAGUGGCGGGUGACCAGGGACCCUGCGGGCUGGUGCAGGCCCCUGAGGCGGCUAGUGCCUUUGUGGCUGCCAGGUUCAGGGGUGCGUCCGCUCAGAGCUCUACCUCCAGGUCCACACCCGCCUCAGAGCCGCAGGAGAGCAGCCCCCACCCUCGUGAACGCGCCCAUUCCCCUGCUGCGGGUCCCAGGCAUGGUCUGGUGGGUUCUGUUUGGUCGCAGGAGGUGGGCGCCGGGUUCCCAUGGUACAAGGAUGACCUCAGGGCCAGCAGUGCCCAGGGUCACACAGCUGGGGCCCACCUUGCCUCGGGGCGGGGGGGAUGGCUGUGGGUAGGUGGCCCCCCCACGCUCAGUGCUGGGGUGGGGCUCUCAUCCCCGCCACCCUGCAGAUGAGCACAGAGGAGGCUGCAGCCAGCCACGACAGUGCUGGGGUCCCGCUGUCUCCUCCCCCCCCACCCCUCAC